AACAAUGAAAAGAAGAAGAAAAGAAUGAAAACAUUCAUCCAUCAUUCAUUCGCUUCGCGGCCAGUUUGCCCGUCAACCACCGUCAGCGAUCAGCCGCUACAGAGUUUUGGUAAACUUGAUGUUAAAGUUGUCAAGUGAACCGAGAUUGAUGAUACACCCAUAAUCCAUUAAGAAGGCAAAUCACCUACCAAGAUGGUUAAUUUAAAGUCAACUUCCCAACUUCUAGAGAAGCUAAGAGCCUUGAUGAAAAAUACGAAGUAUGUACAGGAACCUAUUCAUGCUUACAUUGUGCCCUCUGAAGACCGGCAUCAGAGUGAAUACAUCGCAGAGUGUGAUCGGAGAAGAGCUUUCAUCACUGGUUUCACUGGGUCUAGUGGAACAGCUGUUGUGACAGAAAAGGAUGCCUGUUUAUGGACAGAUGGUCGUUAUUACCUUCAGGCCACACAAGAAAUGGAUAAAAAUUGGACCUUAAUGAAGCUGAAUGACCCUGGAACACCAACAGAAAGUGUUUGGCUGAGCAAGGUUCUGCCCAUUGGUUCUCGUGUUGGUGUUGAUCCUCAACUCAUGUCAUACGAUAGCUGGCAUCCUAUGCAAACACAACUUGAAGCGUCAGGAAUGCUGUUAGUACCUAUACAAGUUAAUCUUAUAGAUGUGAUCUGGGAGGACAGACCUGCUCCUCCAUGCAAUAUUGUUCAACCGCACCCACUUAAAUAUUCAGGCAAAGCAUGCAGUCAAAAAGUGCAAGAAGUUCGUUUAGACAUGUCAGAAAAAGGAGCAAGCUUGCUUGUAGUAACAGCACUUGAUGAAAUAGCAUGGCUGCUCAAUUUGAGAGGUUCAGACAUAGAUUACAAUCCAGUAUUUUUUUCAUACGUGAUUGUAACACCUAAUGAUGUGCACUUAUUUGCGGAUAAGUCAAAACUGACUAGUGCUGUCCACGAUCAUUUUAAUCAGGAAGGUCUUCCUGUUACUUUCCAUCCUUACGAAAAAGUCUAUUCUUUCCUAACAGAAGAGAUUGUUCUUCAUGAAGGUAAGGUCUGGUUGUCCUAUUUAUCAUCAUACGGGUUAAUGGCUUUGAUACCUGAGAGGAAACGCCUCACGGAUAUAUCUCCGAUUGCUGUCAUGAAAGCCAUGAAAAAUCCAACUGAGGUCAAUGGAUUAAUCAACUGUCACAUUAGAGAUGGGGCUGCAGUUUGUUGCUAUUUAGCAUGGCUAGAAAAGGAAGUAUCCAAAGGUGUUGUGACAGAAGUUUCGGGUGCUACAAAGCUUGAAGAGUUCAGGAAACAAAUGGAUGAAUUUGUUGGAUUGAGCUUCACUACAAUAUCAUCUGCAGGUCCUAAUGGCGCUAUCAUUCAUUACACACCCUCUGAAGAUCAUGAUAGACUUAUCACUGCUAAUGAGCUGUAUCUUUGUGAUUCUGGAGCUCAGUUUCGGGAUGGUACUACUGACGUGACAAGAACUGUUCAUUUUGGCACACCAACUGAAUAUGAAAAGGAGUGCUUUACCAGAGUGUUCAAGGGACAAGCAAGUCUUUCCUCUGCUGUAUUUCCUCAAAAAAUAAAGGGACAUUAUUUAGACACACUAGCUAGAAAAUAUUUGUGGGAUGUAGGCCUUGACUACCUUCAUGGCACUGGACAUGGCAUUGGCUCAUAUCUUAAUGUCCAUGAGGGUCCCAUGGGAGUAUCUUGGAGGACUUACCCAGAUGAUCCAGGCCUGAGUGAGGGAAUGUUUCUUUCAAAUGAGCCAGGGUAUUAUGAAGAUGGAAAGUUUGGGAUCCGACUAGAAAAUAUUGAACGAGUUGUUCCUGUUGAGACCAAGUAUAACCUUCCUAUCCGCAAGUUUUUGACUUUUGAAACCGUGACUAUGGUUCCCAUUCAGACUAAAAUGUUGGUUCCCGGACUUUUGACUGAAAAAGAAAUAUCAUACCUAAACAAUUAUCACAUGAAAGUACGCGAAUUAGUGGGACCUCUGCUCAAAAAGAUGGGCCAUCUGGAAGCUCUAGAAUGGCUUUACAGAGAAACUGAGCCAAUUGGUUAAUAAAUCUUUUUUUAAAAAUUAAAGAAUGUAAUUUCUAGUACAGUAUCUUUAAUGUUGAUGUUCAAUGACUUAAGGGCUUGGUCUAUCUGUAAUUGUUAACUAUAGCAUGUACAGUUUGUUCAAUAUUUACAAUGCUGUAUUUCCUCAUAAAAUUGUUCUGAUUUGAAAAAAGUAUUCAACCAAUUGUGAUAGCAUAGUUAAAACUUCAGUAUUUUAUAGAGGUUUUGUCGUUGAAAUUUUAUUUGAACAUCACAAUUAUGUGUAUGUUACAGUCUGAGCCUGCAUACCAGGUGAAACAUGUUGUAGCUUGUGUAUCAAUUUUUUUUUAGGUCUUAUCCAUUUUCUAUCUAGAACUCUUGUUUUUGUUGCAAUGUCGUACGUCUUUAUUUUAAUUUUUUGAAAUCUAUAUUUGGCAUACAGUUUAAUUACAUGGCUAUAUUUUAUUCUUAAUCUGGUGUCUGGAACUACUGCUUAAUGUAGACUCUUAUAUGAAUUGUUCUAAACAUUCUCUUAUUUGUUUAUUUUAAUUUUUAAUGUUUUUGAACAGAGAAUUGUACUUUGUAAGUGUGGUGCUAUGAAAGGGUGUCAUUACAUUUCAACAUUGCAAUGCAACAGCCAUUUUAAUAAAUUGGAAUGAAAUCUGUUUAA